AUGUUGCUGUUGUUCUCUUUGUCGACACCUGAAGUUUUGACGUUGCCUAGAGACGGAACAUUUUCACAUCGGUGACGUCAUUAAGUUAAGGCCAUCUGAUGUUGACAUUCUCAAUUCUUUCGUUGUUCUCAAAAUUUCUCGACAGGAACACGUUCCUUUAUCAAACAUUAUGACGGCUUCUUUAUCAGCCAUCUUUAAAUAAUUACAGAAAAUUGCCGAAAUCAGUUAGAAUUCAAAAUUAUUUAUGCGCACUCCCUGCAAAACAGUGUGUUUUUCUACACAAUAAUACUAUCUGCGCAACCCAGACAAUCUCAGAAACCUAACGGUAACAGCAGAAAUGAAAUGGCGGGGUCCUAGAAGGCCGAAAAGAUUACAAACACUUUUUCAACGCACGGAGCACCAAGUUUCCGUGACUUCACAGUAUGGCGGCCAUAAUAAUAAUAAUAAUAAUAAUAAUAAUAAUAAUAAUAAUAAUAAUAAUAUCAGAAUGGAGUUCGGACUGAAAAAGUAUGGUGUGUUAGUCUUGAAGAGAGGCAAAAUCAAAUGUAUGGACGAGCUAGCGAUAUCGUCAGGGGAGGUUAUGAAGCAAAUAGAAGAGACGGAUUAUAAGUACUUGUGGAUAUUGGAGACUGAUAAAUUGAUGGAGAAAGAAAUGACAGAAAAAUCUACUUGCGCAGACUGAGACUGAUCCUUAAGUCGAAAUGAAACGGACGGAAUAAGAUUGAAGCGAUUAACACCUGGGCGGUUUCACUACGUAGAUAUGGAGCAGGGGUAAUCGCAUGGACAGUAGACGAACUAAACAGCUUAGACAGAAAGAUAAGGAAGUUACUGAUUAGAUAUGGGAUACUCCACCCAAAAAGUGACACAGACAGACUAUAUGAGGGGGAAGAGGACUGCUUGGAUGCGAACACAGCAUUAGAGCAGAGGAAAACAACAUGUAUGUAAAAUAUGCCACAUGUAAAAUGUCACAGAAACACUAUUAAUGGGAGUAAGAAGGUCAAUCUUGUGUAGAAUGGAAGGUUACAAAGAUAAAGCACUGUACAAGCACUUCAGAAUGAAUGAAACUGAAAAUAGGUGGAUAAAGAAAAUAAUGCAUGGACAAUUUCAUAGGGAUGUUGACAGACAGAGAAAAAGAUGGCUAUGGAUGACUAAACGUGAUUUAGAAUCGGAAACGGAGGCUCUAAUCUGUGCUGCCCAAGAGCAAGCACUAAGAACGAAUUACAUCAAAUACAGAAAGUGAUAAGUGCAGAAUUUGUGGACAAAAUGGUGAAACCGUAUAGAAUGUUACCAGUCAAUGUACGCCACUAGCCCAGAAUGAAUAUAAGAGACGUCAUGACAAUAUAGCAGGGAUUGCCCAUUGGACACUUUGCAACAAGUAUGGACUUGACAGGGCAAAAAUUGGUACGAACAUAUCAGUGCGACAAUGAUUGAGAAAGAAAGCAAACGAUACUGGAUCGUAGAUAUAGCAUGCCCAGCUAACAACAAGGUAUGCGAUAAGGAAGAAAGAAAAGUCGAGAUAUAUGACAGGUUAGCUUGGGAAGUUAAGCAGUUGUGGUUGAUGAAAAAGGCGGUAGUAGUACCAAUAAUUGUCGGAACCCUGGGAACAGUGAGCAAAAAUCUUGAGGAGUACAUAGAACAAAUAGGGGCUUCAAAAAGGGGGGAACACUUGCAGAAAACAGCACUGCUUAGAACCGCUCGAAUUUUCCGGCUAGUUCUCGAAAGAUAAGUGUGUGUUACUUUAGUUCACUGGUAGAGGGCAGCUGACACCGUAGUACAUCUCCAGCGUUAGAUGCUGUGCAAAGACAAUAAAACAACAACAACAACAACAACAACUAAAUAUUGAUUCCUGUCUUUUGCAGAAACAGAACUUGGAGAUCAAUACUUGUUAUUGUUUCUCGUGGGGAGUGUUUUCUAUGCCACCAUUUUACAUCUGCACGAAAGUUGGAUUAUAUUUCUUGGUUUUUUCUACAUGUUCAUGAUUCCAACCAUGCACGUCCUGCUUCCGAUUUACUGCCUGGUCAACAUCGUUGAUCAAAGCUGGGGGACAAGGGAUGGCAACAAAGCUUCCGUUCCGAAACUGGUUUGUUUCCCCCAAAUCCGUAAACGUCGAAAAAAGAAGAUAAAGAAGAAAAAGAAGGAUAAAAUUUCCGCAAGUAUGAAUUCUUCCACUCAUAGUUUUAGCCUCUUCGACAAGCAUGAAGAAGAAUUCGAAUACAAAUUCUGGAAGUUUCUACGAGAUUUCGUUAUUGGUUCAACGGUGAGGACGGGUACACCAAAUUCGGGAAUCGCUGAAAAACUCCGGAGGUUCCGCCUCAAAUGUGUUAUCGGAUUUUUAAUUUUUAAUUCGAUCUGGAUGAUCGGCCUUGGAUACCUCUUCACAAACGUUGCAACCGAAAAGUCGAAGUUAAAUGUAUUUAGCAUAAUCAAUGGCUCUCUGUUCGGGAUUUCGGUCAUCAUUCAACUAAUUGGAAUGACGACACAUCGAACCCAAGAAACUAUCGAAUGUUUUAUACGCAAAUCGAACAGACACACGAAGCGACCCGAAUGGAUAAUUGCAAAAGACAUAAAGCUUGAUGCUGUAAGUAACAGAAGUGAAAAAUAAAUCAAAGAAAACAGAUAAAAAUAAAAGGAUAGAAAA